UUUUAAGAGAGAGUAUUCUAGUUUAUGCCCGUGCACAUUUUGCGCCUUUUUGCCUGCCUGUCCGCCCGCCAAAAUGAGGUGCCCAAAUUGCUGGCGAAAUCACCAUUCAGGGCGUACACAAUCGGGCGAUGCGGCUGUGCGUCACAAUAUCUCUGCUUCAUAUAAUGGAUAAACGAUUAGCUUUAAAUUUGGACUUGUAACGAUUGUUAUCAACUCUCUUACAACCAACAACAAAUAAUUACAACAAUGGCUGAUCAAUUGACUGAAGAGCAAAUCUCCGAGUUCAAGGAGGCUUUCUCCCUUUUCGACAAAGACGGCGAUGGAACAAUCACCACAAAAGAGCUCGGUACAGUGAUGCGAUCUCUAGGACAAAAUCCUACCGAAGCUGAAUUGCAGGACAUGGUGAACGAAGUGGAUGCAGAUGGAAAUGGAACGAUAGACUUUCCCGAAUUCUUGACAAUGAUGGCAAGAAAGAUGAAAGAUACCGAUAGCGAAGAAGAGAUUAAAGAAGCAUUCAAGGUGUUUGACAAAGAUGGUAACGGGUUUAUCAGUGCUGCCGAAUUACGUCAUGUCAUGACCAAUUUGGGUGAAAAGUUGUCUGAUAAUGAAGUUGAAGAAAUGAUUCGUGAAGCUGAUGUUGAUGGAGAUGGUCAAAUCAACUAUUCUGAAUUCGUCAAUAUGAUGAUGAGCAAGUAAAAAUGUUGACUAUUGUAACAAAUGGCCGGUAAAAGCAGUUGCUGAAGAUUCAUUUUCCCAUCUACUCGCUUUCGAAGAUGAGUGUAUAUCAUUAACAAUCACACCCGCUCAUCAAGUAUAAAUAUCGUAAUGUACCAUUUCAUGACAUUCACAAUGUGAUCAGCCGACUGAGCGAGGCGAAUGUGAAACAGAGGUGAUGAAAGGGAAUGACAUCUCUUUUGAGAAAAAGGGAAGGGGACAAAUGUUCACAUGAAGCCCAUGAUGUGCGUUUUGAACGAGGACUUUUGAUUUGAAAGAUCGCCUCGAUCCGAUACCUUUGAUUAAUCGGUGAACAUGAAGUAACACUUGUAAAGGCAUUGAUCGGUAUCAACGAUUGAAUAUGUAUUUGCCG